AUGGGGUUGAAAGUACAACAAUAUAACUCAACACAGAUAGACGUAGACGAGAGUUCUCGAUUACAACAAAUGAACCGAAUUCAUUUAUUAAAUAACAUUAAAACAUCGGUUUUAAAGUCGACAUCGACUAAUGUUUUUAGAUCAACUCUAUUAUCAUCUCAAUCAUCUACUCUUUUCUCAACAACGACAACAUCAAACAAGUACAGCAGUCUUCCAAAUAUUAGAAACUUUUCAACAGAUAAUAAUAAUAAUAAUAAUAAUAAUAAUAAUAAUAAUAAUAAUAAUGAACAAUCAUCAUCAUCAUCAUCAAAAAAAACCAAUAGAUUAUUGAAAUGGGGAGGAAUAGGUAUUGGAGGUAUCACAGGUCUUUAUUUAUUAGACCUUUUAAUCAACGAUGAUUUGGAUAUCUUAACGGACAAGUACAGAACCAAAUUGACGGAUCAAGAGAGAAAGGAACGUCCACGUCUCGUUAUCUUGGGUUCUGGAUGGGCCAGUUUGUGUAUGCUCAGAAAGCUACAUACCGACAAGUAUAACGUAACCGUUAUUUCUCCACGUAACUAUUUCAUCUUUACACCACUACUCCCAGGUACCACUACCGGAACCGUAGACAGUCGUUCAAUCAUUGAACCAAUCAGAAAUUAUUGCAAGCGUUCCGAUGCAGAAGAGGUUACCUUUAUUGAAGCCGAGUGUCUUUCUGUAGAUCCAGUCAACAAAACAAUCAAAUGCUUUGAUAACAGUUCUGUCAAGGGCGAGGUCAAUGAGUUCCAAUUGCCAUAUGACCAAUUGGUUAUGGGAGUUGGUGCAGCUAGUGCCACUUUUGGCAUUCCAGGUGUGAAUGAAUUUGGUUUUUUCCUCAAGGAUAUCAAUGACACUCGUCUUAUUCGUGAUCGUAUUAUUGAUUGUCUUGAAACGGCUGGAUACCCUGGUCAACCUGAAAAAGAAAUUGAUAGAUUACUUCACUUUGUUGUUGUUGGUGGAGGUCCAUCUGGUGUUGAAUUUACAGGUGAAUUAAAUGAUUUCCUAAGAGAAGAUCUUUCAAAAUCAUUCCCAAAGCACCUCACCGAUCGUGUUAGAAUUACAUUGGUAGAGGCACUUCCACACAUCUUGACUGUUUUUGACAAAAAGCUUAUAGAUCAUGUUGAAAAGAAGUUACAAUCAUCACCAACGACCAAGAUUUGGACUCAAACCGCGGUAACUAAUGUCAGAGAAAAGAGUAUUGUUGUCAAGGGAUCGGACAAGGAAGCAAGAGAAAUUCCCUAUGGCAUGUUGGUUUGGGCCGCUGGAAAUUGUCCAAGAAAGAUUACAAAUGAUCUUAUUGCUUCAAUUGGACCAAAGGAGCAAAACUCUCGUCGUGGUCUUGUAGUCGAUGAAUAUUUCCGUGUAAAGGGUGCCGAUGGUAUUUGGGCUAUUGGCGAUUGCUCUGUUACCCCAACUCCAAUGGCUCCAACUGCCCAAGUUGCAUCUCAAUCUGGUCGAUAUUUGGGACGUUUAUUCAACGAUAUGGCAAAUGAAUUAAACCAAGUGGAAAAGAAACAAAUGUCAAAGGACGAAUUAUCUGGUUUAAUCAAAAAGCAACCACUAUUCAAGUACCGUCACAUGGGCACUCUUUGUUUUGUUGGUGACGCCACAUCGGUCUUUGAUUAUAAUGGCACCACUGGUGAGGGCUUUGCCGCCUUCCUUUUGUGGAGAUCGGCUUACCUUAGCAAACUUCUUUCCAUCAGAAAUAGAACAAUGGUUGCCAAUGAUUGGGUAAAGACUAGUUUAUUUGGUCGUGAUACAAGCAGAGCCUAA